AUGACUUUAUCACAAGCACCCAUCGCUAUCAUUGGCGCCGGCCCUGCUGGUCUCACUUUUGCACGUCUUCUUGAGCUUGCCAGCAUCCCAUACGUUGUAUUUGAGGGAAUUGAGUCUGCCUUAUGGGCCGACGAGCAUUCCAGCAGUGGCACUCUUGAUAUCCAUAAAGUAUCAGGACAGGCUGCUCUGGAAGAAGCUGGUUUGAUGGAGCAGUUCAAAUCAAUUGCACGCUGGGGUGUGCCCGUGAAAUUUGUCGACUCGCAAGGCGACGUUAUUUAUGCUACUGUCUCCGGAGAUAGCAUUGAAGAUAAGCCUGAAAUUGAUCGGAAAGAUCUUCCAAAGCUUCUCCUCGGCUCUAUUCCGGCUAGCAGAAUUCGCUGGGGGAGCCAGAUUGAGCGUGUGCAGGCUGAUAGCGAUGGGACAUACUCACUGCAUUUUACAGAGGGUAGUGUGGAAUCUAGAUUUCGUCUCGUUGUAGGCGCGGAUGGCGCUUGGUCUAAGGUCAGGAAUCUGCUCACGCCUACGGAGCCCAAAUAUCUUGGGACUCACUUCUUCACUACAUUCCUCAAGCCAGACAACCCACAUUAUUCCUCGCUGAACUCCAUGGUCGGGGACGGCAAUUACUUAGCCCUAAACAAAAUGCGGCAGUUCUUUUUGCAUUACCUAGGUGAUGGCUCCUAUCACCUCGCAGUGGGCAUGAAAUUACCUGAGAACUGGAAUCCAGGGCCCGCGAGGCUUCACGAUCCAUCCGCUUUAUGGCAGUCAUUGCUGCAGUAUGAGUUUGCCGGAUGGUCUUCAGAAAUUAGGGAAUUGGUCAAGUCUGCCACCCACGGUUUCCGCUCUUGGCCAUUGUACUCUAUUUCAAGGACAUCUGUGCCUUGGGAACAUGUUCCUGGGGUAACAUUGCUUGGAGAUGCAGCGCACUUGACCGGACCCGGCGGAGAUGGAGUCAACAAUGCCUUGCACGACAGCGUUGAGUUGGCCCAGCGGAUCAUCAAACAUGGCAUUGAUCACCUAGACUCUGCAGUAGUAGAGUACGAGCAGGAGAUGUUCCCCCGCGCAGUUGAAGCGAUCAAUAAGGGUCAAUGGAUUGUUGAGAACUUGUUCAAUGCCGAGUCGGCUCAAAGCUUUCUACAGGCCGCUAUGAAGCAGUGA